AUGCUCCAACAGCGGCAAAAACGGCUUUUGAAAGAAAACUCUCAAGUGCAUCCGAACUCGAAAGAAAUGCCAAGGAAUUUCGAGUUCUUGAUGACGACCACCAAACGUGCUUAUAAGCUACAGGAAUUUGUCGCUCAUGCUUCCAGUGUCAAUUGUCUCAAGAUUGGCAGGAAGUCAUCGAGGGUUCUUGUCACUGGCGGAGAAGAUCACAAGGUUAAUUUGUGGGCCAUCGGCAAACCAAAUGCUAUCCUGAGUUUGUCUGGCCAUUCAAGUGGAAUUGAUUCAGUCAGCUUUGAUUCUUCAGAAGUGUUGGUAGCUGCAGGAGCAGCAAGUGGUACAAUCAAGCUUUGGGAUUUGGAGGAGGCAAAGAUAGUUCGCACCCUCACGGGUCAUCGAUCCAACUGCAUAUCGUUGGACUUCCAUCCCUUUGGAGAGUUCUUUGCAUCUGGAUCGCUGGAUACAAAUCUAAAAAUAUGGGAUAUCAGACGAAAAGGGUGUAUCCACACAUACAAAGGUCACACUCGAGGAGUCAAUGCUGUUAGAUUUACACCAGAUGGCCGUUGGGUUGUAUCUGGUGGAGAGGAUAACAGUGUAAAGCUCUGGGAUCUAACUGCGGGAAAGCUGUUGCAUGAUUUUAAGUUUCACGAGGGCCAGGUUCAGUGCAUAGAUUUUCAUCCACAUGAGUUUUUGCUGGCGACAGGUUCGGCUGAUAAAACUGUUAAAUUCUGGGACCUAGAAACUUUUGAGCUUAUAGGUUCAGCUGGUCCUGAGACCACGGGGGUGCGUUGUAUGACCUUUAAUCCUGAUGGAAGAACCAUUCUUUGUGGUUUGCAUGAAAGUCUGAAGGUUUUCUCAUGGGAACCAAUCAGAUGUCAUGAUACAGUUGAUGUGGGAUGGUCUAGAUUGUCAGAUCUUAAUAUUCAUGAGGGGAAGCUUCUUGGUUGUUCUUAUAAUCAAAGUUGUGUUGGUGUAUGGGUCGUAGAUAUCUCGCGUAUUGAACCAUAUUUAUUGUGCAAUACUACUCGACAGAACGGUCAUCCAGAACCAAAAUCUAAUCCAAGUGGGAAUUUAUCUGUACUGACUGAAAACACUGCAAAGGCAAGUUUGGGCAGGCUGUCUGUUUCGCAAAAUUCAGAUAAAGUGAAGGAAACAAAAUCUCUGGGGAGGCUUUCAGUAUCACAAAACCAAGAUCCUGUAAACAAAGAGUCUAAAUCUUUUGGAGUGGAUAAAGCCACAGGGAGUGCACCUGGUACUCCUCAAAGGAUAAAUUUAAGUAUUGGUCUGAAGACAUCCCCAGUUAGUUCAAUCACAAAUCCUAGUUCAACAGCUCCAAAAAGGAAUAUUGCAAAGGUUCAUUCAACAGCCAGUGCAUCAAUUCUCAACACGUCAGACGUGGUACCUGUAAUUGUCCCCAGGAAUAAUGCAAGGUUGGAGCAGGCAGGUGAAUCCAGAAAAGGCGGAGGAGUUACUGGAAGAAUGAUGCCAUCAUUACCUUUGCAGACAAAACCAUCUGAUUUUAGAAAGUUUUCAACUAUCAGGGAUGACUUGGAGAGACCUAUUACAUCCACAGAGUCUGAAAAUGAGGUGUUUAAGGCCACUGAAUUGAGUGGGGUAGCAGAUAGGAAAAAUUUUCCAGCAGUUAAGAGCUCAGUUGUACCCGUGGCUGAGAGGAAUGUAAGGGAUGAUAGGUGUAUUGUAUCUGGAAAACCUCAAAUUAGCAUAUUGACAGAGCCACGUGCCAGCUUUUCACAUGAAAAUUAUGAUUGUGUGCAAAAUGCAACCAGAGAUGCUUGUUCUCUCGAAGGUCAAAAUGGAGGAAGAACACGAUCACUUGUUGCAAGCUGGGAGAAGAAGGAAAGAUUUCCUUAUCAUGAGGGUCUUGCUUCCAUCAGUCUCUCUGAGACAGUAUCUACUGUUAGCACUCUCCCAGCUGAUGCGGACAUAAAGGCCAUUAGAGCAUAUGCUGCAGCGGCCAAUAAUAGGCGGUACCCCUUUUCUGCUGAAAAGGAAAUAGUGCCUGUUAACGAUGAAGAUGCUAUUGCAGACUUAGUGGAACAGCAUGAUCAAUUUGCUGGUUCAAUGCAGUCUCGUUUAGUCAAAUUAAAGUUAAGGGAUUUGGUGGCAGAAAAUGUUUUCAUUUUAGUAUCUUCUCAUUUUCAAUGAACUUACAUGGGUUUUGACUGGUUUGAAUUUUUGUAAUCAAAACUAAAAUGACUGGCUUGAAUUUGACAUUGGAGCGUACUGCAUCUAAGACUAAGCAUAGGCUGUAGUAUAUUUGAUAUGGAAGGAUACUUUGGAAAGUGUAAGGGGCCUAAGGGAGCCCUUCUACGUUUUUAGCUUAUUGUGGGGAGAAUUU